UCACUCCUUUGGCCAGUCACGGGGCCAAAACCAGUGUUUGGAGCCACAGUGUGGCGGUUGGUGGAGCCAGCAGCAAUGGGAGGCCAUACAGCACCCUAUGACAAAAUGGAAACCAGCAGGAGCGUGAGGAGACCUGAAAGUGGCACAUGGCAAGUGGCACAUGGAGUGGGAGCAAUGGGGAGGCGGUACAGGGACCCAGGUCACACUGUGGGCCCAGCAGCAGCGUGACCAGGCGGUACGGGGGCCCAUGGCCGAUAUGGGGCUUGGUGGCACCUAUGGAAGGCCUGUAAUCUGCCAGCAACCUAUGACAAAAUGGACAACCGCAGGAGUGUGAGGAGAUUUCAAAGUGGCACAUGGCAGAGUGGAAGCAAUGGGAGGCCGUACAGGGACCCAGGUCACACUGUGGGACCAGCA